AUGAGGUGUGUGAGUUAGUGGUUAAAGACUUAAAAGACCCAUUAAACGGACAUGAUUCACACCUCUAGCUAUAAGGUCUGUGAGUUAGUGGUUUGUUAAAGAGAAAAUAAUAAUUUUCCUUUAAAAUUAAGUAUGAUUUUCUUUAUGGGGAAUAUUGAACUGGUCAUUCUUUUGUGGAGAAUUUGAGACUUCUUUUAUCUUUUCUGAGCAGUAGACAUAACUAGGUAGUAGUGGGUGCUUUUGAACCCAGAUUAUACCGAGGCACAACUUGCACACACACACACUCUCUCUCUCCCCUUAAUCCUGUGGGUGUGAUCUGAAUCUCUUAUUUACUGUUGCAAAACAUCAAAGCUGUUAACUUUGUGUCAUUUUCUGCCAAAAUUCCCAACUGGGUACCCGAGUUUCGAUCAAAAAAUCCAAUCUUGAUCAAGGGUUUUGUUGGGUUUUGAUCAUCACAUCUAAUUCUUGAUUUUCUUGAAUUUUUUCUUGAAAUUUGGGGAUUUGGAUGGUCUCAGUUGGGUUUGAUUCUAGGGUUUGUUUUGAAAGAUGAAAUCUUGUGAGGAAAAAGGGGUGGAAUCUUGGCAUGUUGCAAAGAAGAAGAAUAAACAUAAAAAAAGUGAUGAGAUUGGUGUGGAUGGAGAGGGGGGUGGGACUCCAAGUGGAUGUUGGAGCAGGUGGAAGUUAAUUGGAAGUUGUAUUUCUUCAAGAUCUAAAGUUGAUACUUCAAUCAGUGGCAUCAGUACUCACUGUGAAAGUAAAUCAACAAAUGACACAAGCAAAGAUCAACCAGUAACCCAAGCAAUGUCAUCAACUACCACGAGUACAGGCGAAAGCAAUUCAUCCACCCAAAAAUUUGAAGAGGAGUUAAAAAUAUCUUCUCGCCUUCGCAAAUUUGCUUUCAAUGAUUUAAAAAUGGCAACACGAAAUUUUAGACCCGAGAGUCUUCUUGGUGAAGGAGGGUUCGGUUGUGUAUUUAAAGGAUGGAUUGAAGAGAACGGGACCGCACCAGUCAAACCGGGCACAGGGCUCACAGUUGCAGUUAAAACGUUAAAUCAUGACGGGCUUCAGGGCCAUAAAGAGUGGCUGGCAGAAGUAAAUUAUUUAGGUGAUCUCAUUCAUCCAAAUUUAGUUAAACUAAUCGGUUACUGCAUUGAAGAUGAUCAAAGGUUGCUAGCUUAUGAGUUCAUGCCUCGAGGGAGCUUGGAGAAUCAUUUGUUCAGAAGGUCUUUGCCUCUUCCGUGGUCCAUCAGGAUGAAAAUAGCAGUCGGGGCUGCCAAGGGUCUUGCUUUUCUUCACGAAGAAGCAACAAGACCCGUGAUUUAUCGCGAUUUUAAAACCUCCAACAUUUUGUUAGAUGCGGAGUAUAACGCAAAGCUUUCUGAUUUUGGUCUUGCUAAAGACGCCCCCGAGGGCGAUAAAACACAUGUAUCUACUCGAGUAAUGGGAACUUACGGUUAUGCAGCGCCAGAGUAUGUAAUGACAGGACAUCUUACUUCGAAAAGUGAUGUAUAUAGUUUCGGUGUUGUUUUACUUGAAAUGUUGACCGGGAGAAGGUCAAUGGACAAAAACCGUCCAAACGGUGAACACAAUCUUGUCGAAUGGGCCCGACCACAUUUAGGCGAGAGACGGAGGUUUUAUAAGCUAAUAGACCCUCGGCUCGAGGGCCAUUUCUCUAUAAAGGGAGCCCAAAAAGCGGCCCAGCUAGCAGCCCGUUGCCUGAGCCGGGACCCUAAAGUCAGACCGCUAAUGAGUGAAGUUGUUGAAUCGUUAAAGCCAUUGCCAGCCUUAAAGGACAUGGCAAGCUCAUCGUUUUACUUCCAGAAUAUCCAGUCUGAACGGGUCGGGUCAAGCCCAAAUGCCCGGAACCUGGCCCGAGCUCAAAAUGGUUCGUUUUCAAGAAACGGGUCGCAGCAUCCAAGAAGCCUCUCGAUAUCAAGUAGCACGCGUGCAUCACCUUUUCAUCAGCAGAUGAUUCAAAACUCACCAAAGCCGAAUGAGAAGCAAUAGAGUGUGUGUUUGGUAUGCUAAUCGUCGGUUUCUUUUUCAUAGUAUUAUUAUUUUUUUUUAUAAUAUUAGUAGUAAUUGUUAAAAGCAGUAUAAGAAACAACAGAGAGAGAUGUGGGAUUUAUGUUGUGAUGAAUACAGAGUGAUCAUCAUGGCAUUGUAAUUUAUGAGGAGCUGUGAAAUCGAUUUAAAAGAAAUUUCUGCUACAAAAAUGAUGGCGGAAACCCUUGUUGUCAUCCUCUUUUUUCUUUCUAUUUGCCAAAACUUUGUAUGAGAUGGUACAUACGCGAUUCACUCGAUUCGUUUUGUUUUGUUUUG